GGCGGCGAUGAAAUUCCCGGGCUCCGUCCUCAUCUCCCUCGUCCUCUUCUUGUCCGAGACGACGGCCGCGCUGUGCCUGAGCGCGGCGUACCGCGCUGCGGGGGACCCCAUGUGGCACUGGCUGACGCUGCUCUGCGCCCUCCUGCCCUGCGUGCUGGUGCAGCUCAGCCUGGUCUUCAUCCACCGCGACGUGACCCGCGACCGCCCGCUGGUGCUGCUGCUGCACCUGCUGCAGCUCGGGCCUCUCGUCAGGUGUAUGGAAGCCUUUUACAUUUACUACCACGCUGGCAGGAUUGAAGACCCCUAUGUCAGCAUCACGAAGAAGUGGCAGGUGCCCAAGGGUGGAUGCUCGGAGGAAAUCGAGAAGGAGGUGGGGCAGGCUGAGCUCAAGCUGCGCACGCACAGGUCUGCCUUCAGCAGGGCCUCCGUGAUCCAGGCGUUCCUCGGCUCCGCGCCACAGCUCACCCUCCAGCUCUACAUCUGCAUCAUGCGGCAGGAGAUCACGGCUGCCAGAAGUAUCGUUAUGCUGCUUUCUCUCCUGUCCAUUGUUUAUGGCGCCUUGCGCUGCAACAUCCUGGCCAUUAAGAUCAAGUACGAUGAUUAUGAUAUCAGCGUGAAACCAGCCGCCUACCUCUGCAUAUUCCUGUGGAGAAGCUUUGAGAUUGCCACACGGGUGACAGUGUUGGUCCUUUUCAGUUCAGUCCUUCGAAUCUGGAUUUUCCCCGUUGCGAUGGCGAAUUUCUUUGGUUUUUACUUCUUCCCAUGGAUUCUCUUCUGGCGUAGCAAAUCCCCAUUUCCCGAGAACAUAGAGAAGGAAUUCAGCAGGGUCGGCACUACCAUCGUCUUGUGCCUUCUCACCUUCCUGUAUGCUGGCAUUAACAUGUUCUGCUGGUCAGCAGUGCAGGUGGAGCUCAGUGCUCCUGACUUAAUCCGCAAAUCCCAAAACUGGUACCGAAUGACUGUGUACUACACACUGCGGUUCGUGGAGAACGCGUUCCUCCUGAUGAUGUGGUACCUUUAUAAAACAGACAUCUACAUGUAUGUCUGCACCCCGCUGUUGUUCUUGAGGCUCCUGUUAAGUUACUGCAUGGCUAUCUUCUUCAUGUUGGUGUUCUACCAGUACUGCCACCCGUGCAGAAGGCUUUUCUCAUCCAGCAUUACCGAGGCUUUGCUGUCCUGUUUCAAGUCCCUCUUCUUUAUGCGCAAGACUCCCAAAUCCGCUGUACUGAGAGACAAGGCAGCGGUGAAAACUCCUGAAAAUACUGAUGAAGCACAGAGCAGUAGCAAGACAAUAGACUGUCAAAAGGGGAACCUUCAUCAAAGUGCUUCUUCCAAUGCCUAAUACAACUGGAAGCAAGUAGGUGCCUUUGAAAGGUGGCAGGUCACCUGCUGGGAACGCUGGGUAUCUUAGACGUUGUGUCUUGUGGAUGGGGUUUCUUUCUUGCAGGUGUAGCACUGCGUGGUGGCUGACAAGCCUGUCUUCGUGGAGAACAGUGUUUGGGUAUUUGUAUCUCUGUGUGUCUGUAUGUGGAGAGCAAUUGUUGUUUGUAGACUUCUAUUUCAGAGGGGGUUUGCACAUAGGUUUAUUACCACAUGCUUAUUUUUAAGUUAUUAUCUGAGAUGUCCUUCAAAAACUGACCUGUUGCUCAUCUUACUCAGGAAAUCUGAGGAUAGAAGGCAAUGAAUUUUAUUUCAGAUAGGAUGUCCCAUGGCACACCUAGCACAGAAACAGAACUUAGACCUGGACUAUAUGGGGGCUGUAGCUGUGGUCUGCUUUGAUCAAAUUGCAGACUAUUUUACACUCUAAUCAGUGUAAUAAGAUAAUACUUCUCUCUGUGGUAUAAGAGCUGGGCAGUGUAGUCUGGGUUGCCAUGAAACAGCCAAUUAGCUAGCACUAGCACUGAAAUGUGACUGUUACUGAGGAUGGACAGAGGGGUUAUUGACUUUGCACUGUUUCACCCUUCAUAUUUGCUGCUUGUUAGUAAGGGAAUUAAAUUCAACGCACUAAUUGUGAUGUUCUGGAAUACCUCGUUUUUCUGACAUUAUCAUUUGUCUAAUACUUUGCUAUGUUCUGGUAUCAGGGGGUGUUCAGUUUAUUUAAAUACCUAGAAGUUGGGCAGAUAGUGUGUACUUGUCAUGUAGAUGCUCUCCAGUGCACAUCUCCAGGGAGUGAUUCACCCGAUCUUAAAAUGCACAGGUGAUGCGAAUCCUUCUCUGGAGACCUGUUACUCAGUGUUAAUCAGAUGCCUUGACAAAGAGUUUUGACUAUCCAUCUCCCUUUUAGAUGGCUGAAGUUAAGAGAUGAGCACUACUCUGAUUGUCAGAGGGAUGGUAGUGCACCAAGUAGGAAGCUCAGUGACUUUAUCUGGGGAGAGAAGACACCGAGUCCUUCUUUUUGAGGCUGUGAUUUGUUAUGAUUAGUUUAAUAUCAUUAAUUCAAGACACUCUGACUUCUUUACCUCAGAAAUAUCACAGGCUUGAAGACUGAAAGAAAAAAUGGAAGUCGUUGACUUUUUCUUUCUCAGCAAUACAUAACCACAAAUAAAAGGGUUUCUUUUUUUUUGGAAGUUGCUGAGAAAGCUUUAGCAGAGGAACACCCAGGAAUUUAGUGGAAAUGCACAAAACCAUCUGUAUUUUCAAACACUAAGUGAAAGCUAUUAGCACUUUGUUUGCUUAGCACCUUGCAUUCCUUUUGAGUGAUACACAUUGUGGCUGCUCGUGGGAACAAGUAAUUGAUGAUCCAAGGCAUCUCCCAGUGUCCUAAGCUUAGCCUCCAUUCUGUCACCAUGGAGGGUGAAGCUCUUCACUAGGGAUGACAUCGGCAUCAUUGCAUUAGACGUGCCUCAAAUUCAGAUCUGAGGUCAUUUAUAAUAAAAUAAAACACCUGCAGUUCUGCAAAGAGCUAAACUGCUUUUAUUUUUUUCUUUAUUGCACUGUAAAUGAAUGUCUUUAUAUUUCAGUUUUAUAAUGGAGUUAUGUUUUCAUUUAGUUUAAUAUGUAUCUGUGUAUGUUAUGUGUAUGUAGAUCUCAUUAAAUUAUUGGUGGGUGGUAAUGGGAAUUUUUGUCCUGAGCUUGCCAUGGGAAUGUACCUCGUAUCUGGGGAAGAAACCAAACACCUCAGUUCUAAUUUCUCUCUCUGAGGAGCAUAAAAUAGUGAAGUGAUUCCUUGAAGACACUACAUGAUUUCUCUGUACUUUUGUAUGUGGAUGUACAGUACAGUUUUUCUCUCUACUCUUCCAGAUGCAAAAAAGUAUUUCUUUUUUGUUGUUGUUUUCCAGUAGUGAGUUAAAGGAACAAGAAAAAAUAUAACCCUUGCUUCCAAACCUGCAAAGUUCAGCAAAUAAUCUCAAAUUUUCUGGUGUUCUUAGCCAAAACUGAGUGUCUAUCUUUAUGGUUGGAUACUCAUCAAUAUCAUUAAUCAGGGAAUUAUGGUUGGUGCCUAUCUACAGAUGUACCCAGGUCUGAAAUGUUAGUCUUUGAGGGAAAAUAAAAAAGUCGCUUCAUAUGUAGAAGUAGUUCAUAUCUAAAGAUCUCUCAAAUACUGAAAGCAGACUUUGGGCACUGUAAGUGAUGGUGCAGUUGCGAUUCUGCCAUUUGGAAACAGUGAAAGCUUCACAAACCUCAGCUGGUGAAAUGUUUCUGCUACAGUGAAGUCAAGUAUAGGAGAGUUACACAGCCAGGAGCCCGGUAUGAAUACACAGUGAGUACCAUUUAACCUCACAUAACAAUGCUGAAGGCUACUGCAAAUGCAUAUUUUAGAGUGUGUGCCAUAUUACUUCCUAUUUUUAUACCAGCCUCCUGAAGUGCAUGCAUAGGGAACUGAAUAUUUAAAUCACUGUUACGAGAGGGGAAAAAAAAUAAAAAUAUUUGUAUGGGUUAUAUUACUGUCCUAUGGUUUUGCCUUAGUUGUGCAGACUAACCAAAUACAGUUUAAACACUCCAUCAGCAUGAGGGCCACUGCCUGUGCAGUGUCUCAUGUCGCCACAGCCUGGAGUGCAGCUUCAUCAGCAGCCUUGCUGCUCUGAGAGGUUUUAUGCCCCUGUGCUGCCAUUGCAGGUGAAAGGAUAUGAGGGGGAGUCAUAGAGACAGGCACUCUGUUAGGCCAAUGUUUUUAAGGACAAGCUGAUUUCUCUGAAGCACCAGGAGAGGCAGUUUUUCUCAAGAUAACAACAGUCUGGAGGUUGUUGUUAUCGGUCCACCCAGUGGCUGCACGGAGAGGAUAAUAUUGGCUGCAAAGUCUGUAUGUGUACAAGUGAGUGAUCUCUGGCUGGAAACUUUACUCUGGUUUUACUCUCCUCCAUGAAUAUUUGAGGGGCUUGUGUGUUCAAUGGAAGAGGGAUUUGGGGCUACUGCUGAAAACUGUACUCACUUGAGUAGUCCUGAGUCACACAAAGGACUGCUCAGUAAGGAUUAUUCAUGUGUAUAAGAGUAUGCAAGAUCUGAUACAUAGGUUUUCUUUUAUACUUGUAAAACAACAGAAAUUAAAAUGUAGAAACUA